CGACGACGGAGGCGGCGGCGGCGGCGGCGAGCAGUGCGGAGCAAGGCAGAGCCUCACAGGGGCUGCCCACUUCCAACCAGUCGGUGCAGACGUGCUGCCUGCUGUGCCACCGGGAGCGUAAAGAUUGGGGUGGUCCAUCCCACAAUGGCUUGGUUUCUCCAGGUGAACGGCUGCCCCCAGACUUUGUACCAACGCUCGUACAGAACCUGCUGGGAGAGAUGCCACUAUGGAUCUGCCAGAGCUGCAGGCAGAGCGUUGAAGAAGAAGAAAGGAGGGCAGUUCAGGAGCAGGCGCUGGCGGUCUCGCUGUCCCAUACAGCCUGUAAGUCACAGUCCUGCGGGGCAGGCUCCCACUCCUCUUCAUCCUCAUCGUCUUCAUCCUCGUGCCAUGGGAACUCAGGAGACUGGGACCCCAGCUCUUUCCUGUCUGCACACAAGCUCUCGGGGCUCUGGAACUCCCAACAUGCCAACGGGGCCACUCAGGGGAGCUCCCUCGGGGGAACACCUGUGGUGCCAGGUGACAAGCACCCCGGCCUCCCUCUGGAGUGUGCCAACCAGGCCCCUGCUGUGGGAGGUGGGCUCAAAGCCUGUCCUUACAACCACGCGCUCUCCCCAGCUCCCAGCGGCACCCCAGGCUCACCUCUGCCUACCUCACUCGACUUCUGCAAAACGCUUCCCAAGCAGUUCAAGAGCAUGUGCCGAAGACCCACCCCGCCAGGAGAGGCCUUCCACUCCUCGGAGCACCACCGGCACGUGGACCUCACUGCUCCCCCCAACAGCCCCACAGGCCUCCCCUCGCAGCCACCGGCACUCCUCCCAACCAAGCAGAUGCCUGCCCAUCCCGGGCCCUUCAGCUCUCCUCCUCACGUCCACCUGAGCUCCUCACCGCAGGCGGCCCCCUUCCCUGCACCAGCCCUCAGUCCACACACACCAGCUCCAAAGCCAGGAGCAGAAUCCCCUCCAGCUGGAUCUUGCAAGAGUCCACACCUCUCCGCUGCCAAUGUGCCACUGCUGAAGAUACCACCUCCUGUAGGUUGUACACAUCCAUGCAACGGCCAUUGCAGUGGCUCCCUGGGCCCACCUCCUGCCUCACAUCCACUGCCCAGCUCUAACAGGGACCCUUCCUGCAAGGGCCACAAGUUCCCGAAUGGUACAAGCUGCCAUGCCCCGCAGUCAUGUGAGGCCGAUGAGGGGCUGGGGGAGGAUGAGGACAGCAGCUCUGAGCGCAGCUCCUGCACCUCCUCUUCCACGACCCAGAAAGAUGGGAAAUUCUGUGACUGCUGCUACUGUGAGUUCUUUGGCCACAAUGCGCCUCCAGCUGCCCCAACAAGCCGUAACUACGCAGAGAUCCGGGAGAAGCUGCGUUCUCGGCUGACCAAAAGGAAAGAGGAGCUUCCUCAAAAGUUGGGGCAUAGCAGCAGCUCAGGAGAGCCCGCCGUUGACCACCGGGAUGUGGACGAGCUCCUGGACUACAUCAACAGUACUGAGCCAAAGCCCCUGAACAGUGCCAAGGCUGCCAAGCGGGCACGCCACAAGCAGAAGAAGAAGGAGAAGGAAAAGGCUCAGCUGGAGGCUGAGGCCCAGAAGCGAGUAGACCGAACCCCCCCUACAGGUCAGGACCAGGAGCUGGCAGAAGAGAAACUUCUGGAGUGGCCCCAACUUGAGUUGGAGCGUGUGAACAGCUUCCUGAGCAGCCGGCUACAGGAGAUCAAGAACACCAUCAAGGAUUCCAUCCGGGCCAGCUUCAGUGUCUACGACCUCAAUUUAGACGUCAACGAUUUCCCUAAGAAAGCAGCCGUGCUGGAACAGAAGAAUCUGCUCUCCCACCUCAAUGGCUCCUCUGAGUUGCAGGAGAUUGACCUUGAUUUGUCUCCACUCAGCCUGGGUGCCCCACAUAACCAUACGCUGAUGCGGAAUGAGGUGGGCCCUCGAUGGGCAGACAGCCCUGGAGAGGGGCCCCCAGCGGCUUCUGAGAAUGGUGUGGUGAAACGGCUCAACGCCGUCCCUAACCUCUCCCGUAUGAUUUGGGUUCAGUCCCCCAAGCUGACUGACUCUCCCCAGGAGAGUGGGGCUGGCCACGAGGCAGCACUUAGCAAGGGAGCAGAGGUGCCGGAACAAGCACCCACCACGGGCAAGCAGAGGAAAGGCAAACGGCAGGGCUGUCCAGCCAAAAAGGGAGAGGCUGUGGCCACCAGUGAGCCUUCUGCUUCCAAGAUGGCGGGACAGAAGAAUCCUUCAAAAGGCACUCCCCUGGAUACCCCAAAAGGAGGCAGUGGCGGGGAGCAAGGCGAUGGGGCGAGAGGGUUGCGACAAGGGCAGGGAUGGGGUUGCAGUAGUGCUAAAGCAGAGAAGGAGAAGAGCGCUGAUGGGAAGAGCCGGAGGGGUGAAAGCCGAGCUGAUCAGGCCGAGCAAGAGCCUGCAUCUUUGGGAAGUAGCCACCGGCAUCUGCCCGCUACAGCUGCACCAGAUGACUUGCCCCAGCCAAAGGGCAAAAGCAAGAAGAGCAGGAACAAAAUGGAGAAAGCAAGCCCUUCCAUUGAUGAUGUGUUUCUGCCCAAAGACUUGGAUGGCGUGGAAAUGGAUGAGACUGACAGAGAAGUGGAGUACUUCAAGAGGUUUUGCCUGGACUCAGCCAAGCAGACCCGGCAGAAAGUGGCUGUAAACUGGACCAAUUUCACCCUGAAGAAAACCACUUCGAGUGCAGCUCAGUGAGGUGUGUGGUGCACCCCUGGUAUAUGAGCAGGGCCCCACACUUCGCCUCCCCUCCCCAAGCCCCUAGACAGACACUUGACUUCACCAACCCUCAGUCCUCUUCUUCCUUCCUCCCCCUCCCCGGGCUCCCAUUCCUAGCCUAUAGGUGGGGCCUGGACAGCCCCAGUGUCCCUCACCUCUCAGUGUUCGACGUUCGGGGAGAUGCUGACUGAGCCGCCCCAAGCCCAGGGCAGUCUUGAUCGGCCAAGGCCCAGCGUGGCACAGGGACCAGGCUGCACCCAAUAAAGGACUUUUUAAUUUUUUAUUUUAUUUAAAAAACCCACCUUUUCUGUUGUUUGUUCCAGCUCUUCUGGUCCUGGGAAGGGGGGGCAGGCAGGGUGAUGGUCUCAUUGGUGGAGGUAUGGGACUGUCAGCAACACAGCACGAGAGAACCAUGGCUCCUGAAUGCUCACUUGCUGUGGAUUGAUAUAAGGGCAUCAAGCUCUCAUGGGCCUGCCAUUAGCAGCAAGCAGGAAUUUUGCUCUCCAGUGUGACAGCGCCAUCAUCUCCUUACACAGUGGCAGAUCUACUGGGGUGAUAUAGCUGUCCUCCAUCUCCUAGGAAUAGCAGGUGCCACUGAGUCCGAAGGAGCGCUACCCUCAUUCUCAGGGAAUGUUUCUUUCAGUGGAAAUGCUAUGUUGUGUGGCCUCUUCUCUGGGGAAGAAGUGCGGUUUCUUCUUAGUCAGGUAGCCUGUUGACCUGGUGACAGUCGGCAUUUUCCUUUGCCUCCUGAUGCAGUGAAACUCAGACCUGAGAACUCUAGGCGUAUACCAUCCGAGACAAAGGACUCUUCGCACCCCAUGCAGGUAUCACUUCUGUUGUAAGCAACUCUAUGCUAUCCAUGGAUGAUGAGUGCAAACCAGUCCAUUCCACCACAAGUACACAAAGCAGGAUGCUCCCAGUUUGCUGCAUGCUCCUGCAACAAAAUAAGCGUGUUAG